GAGAAACUGAUGACGAAGAUAGUUGUUCUGAUGAUGAAGAACCUAUUUACAUUGAAGAUGAAUCAACAUUAUUAAUGACUCAAGGAGUCAUUUUUGCUCCAGGAGAAGGUCAUACACCAGUAUCGUUAUUUGACAAAUAUACAGAAACAUUAAGUUUUAUUAAAAUCUAUGGGGGAAAAUUAAUACAAAAACCAAAAAAUUUAACAUAUCAAAAUUGGAUAAAAUCAGAAAUAAUGCGAUCAGAUAGAAGAUGUGCUAAUAUCAUUAAAUUAUUAUUUUCAGCAUUAAAAUUAAGAGUAUCUAAACUGACUGCGAAAAGUUUGAAACUAGUCGAUAAUUCAGGUUUUGUUCAUAAAAGAAGCAAGUCUAAAAUAAUAAGAUUUAUGAAUUUUAACAAAGAAAUAGAUCAUGAAGAAUUCGUCAAAGAAAAUGUUAUGCUAUUUUUACCUUGGCGUGAUGAAAUGAAAAUGAUGACUUCUGCUAAUGAAUUAUUUGUAAAUAACAAAAAAUUAAUAUACGAAAAAAGAUCAGAAUUCGUCUAUGAUGAAGACUUUGAAACAAUUUUAAAUGAAGCCAAAACACAAAUGCAGGAAACAACAAAUGAAGAAGGAUAUACUCCAAAUAAUUUAGAGGUAUUUAAUGAUUCUUCCCAUGAAGGAGAUAUAGCCAUCGAUCUAACUAAUCAAAAAAUAAUCAAUGAAACACCUAAAAAAGAAAAAGAUUUAUGU